AUGAAAAUCUCAUCGUUAUGUUUAUUAGAUACGCUAACGAAAAAAUGCUACGGAAAAUUCGGAUGUUAUUCCGUCGAACAUCCCUGGAAUUCUUUUUCCAGGCCGGUCAAUAUGUUUCCGCAGUCACCUGAGUUUAUAGAUCCGAAAUAUUGUUUGUAUACAAGAAGAAAUCCAACGACUUGCGAUCCGUUAUUGCUUGACGACCCUCAAACAUUAUUUCGUAGUAAUUACGUCCCGUCCGGAUUGGUUUAUUUCAUAGCACACGGUUUUGUUGAAAAUGGACACCGCCCUUGGAUAAUGAACAUGACAAAAGAACUUUUGAAAAGAUCUAAUGCCAACGUUAUAUCCAUCGAUUGGUCCGGAGGAUCGGAUCCCCCUUAUACCCAAGCUGUUGCCAACAUACGUCUUGUGGGAGUAAUGACGGCUCAUUUAAUAAAUAUGAUAUCCGAACAAGGUGUGGGAUUGCAAACGGAAAAAAUUCACAUCAUCGGACAUUCUUUGGGUGCUCAUUUGGCGUCUUAUGUUGGCACCACUCUCAGACGUACCUUUAAUCAAAGGCUUGGACGUAUAACAGGUUUGGAUCCGGCGGAACCUCAUUUUGCAAAAACGGACGCACUCGUACGAUUAGAUCCCACGGAUGCCAUUUUUGUUGAUAACAUACACACGGACGCUAAUUUUUUCGUCAUGGGCGGUUUAGGUAUGAGAGAUCCAGCUGGUCACAUCGAUUUUUAUCCAAACGGAGGACAAGAUCAACCCGGUUGUAAUCCAGGUUUAAUGAAAUACGUAACCGAAAAAGGAUCCCUCAUAAAAGGUGUGACAAAAAUGAUUAGUUGCAACCACGUUAGAAGUUAUCAAUAUUUUAUAGAAACGAUUAACUCACCGGAAAAAUUUCUCGCUGUCGAAUGUAAAUCUUGGGAACAUUAUUUAAACGGAUCCUGUUUUAAAUGUGAUUAUAAUUCCGCAUAUAAAAAUGGAACUUUAUGUGCACCUUUCGGUUUUCAUUCUGCUUCCGUUUUCACAAACAAGUAA